AUGAGUUUGCCCGCUGCGUGCGACGUGCUUGUUGUCGGCAGCGGCAAUGCUGGCUUCGCUGCCGCCCUUUCGGCCUCUCAGUCAGGGGCAAAGAGGAUCUUACUCAUCGAUAAGUGUCCCGAAUCCUGGGCGGGCGGGAAUUCUUAUUUUACUGCUGGAGCAUACCGGACCGUUCAUCAUGGCCUAAACGACCUCUUGCCCAUCGUGAACAAUGUGGACGCAGAGCUAGCGGGAAAGAUCGAUCUGGAUCCCUACACGGAGAAGGACUUUUCUGAUGAUAUGCACCGUAUCUGUGGGGGCAGAUCAAACCCCGAGCUCUCCACGGCUCUAAUCAAAGAUUCCAAUUCGGCCAUCAAAUGGCUGGCUCAGAAUGGAGUCAGGUUUCAGCUCUCAUUCAACAGACAAGCCUACGAGGUCAACGGUCGAUUCAAAUUCUGGGGCGGGCUACACCUCAAGACUCAGGACGGAGGUAAAGGUCUGAUCGAAGACUACCUCCAGAUGGCGCGGCGGCAGAAGAUUGCGCUCUCCUUCAACACCGCUCUGACCGGUCUGUCGGUAGAGGCCAAUGGCAGGGUCAAUGCAACCGUCCACCGAGACCGAAAGGAACACACCAUCAAGGCUGGGGCCGUGAUUCUUGCCGCGGGAGGCUUCGAAGCAAGCCCGCGUCUACGGUGCCAGUACCUAGGUCCUGGAUGGGAUAUGGCUCUGGUGCGUGGGACGCCCUUCAACACGGGCGACUGUCUGGAAAUAGCUAUGAGAGACGUCUCUGCUCUAGCAGCUGGGAACUGGAGCGGAUGCCACUCGGUUGCGUGGGAUGCCAAUGCGGACCCCAACACUGGCGAUCGACUGGCAUCGAACGAAUAUACAAAAUCCGGAUACCCUCUCGGUGUCAUGAUCAACACGCAAGGGAAGCGGUUUGUGGACGAAGGAGUCGAUCUCCGGAACUACACUUAUGCCAUAUUUGGUCGUGCGAUCCUCGCCCAGCCCGAGAGCGUGGCGUUCCAAGUAUGGGACUCUCGCACGAGCCCUUGGUUGAGAACCGAGGAAUACCGGGAGGAGCGCGUGGAGAGAAUCACCGCCAAUACCAUCGAGGAACUGGCCGACAAAUGUGCGCAACGGGGACUGCGCAACCGCGAGAGCUUCAUCAGUACAUUGCGGGAGUACAACGAAGCUGUCUAUGCUCAUCGGCAAGAGCACCCCACGGCGACCUGGAACCCGGCCAUCAAAGACGGGCUCUCGACACAAUCCUCCACUAAGAAACUGGCGCUGGCCAAGUCGAACUGGGCGCUUCCAAUCGACCAAGGGCCAUUCCUCGCUGUCAAAGUCUCUUGUGGAGUGACAUUCACAUUCGGCGGGUUGUCUGUGAACCCGGAGACGGCGCAGUUGAAGAGUGCAGUGACCCGGGAGGGCAUACCGGGGGUGUAUUGCAUUGGCGAAAUGCUUGGAGGGCUGUUCUAUUCCAACUACCCCGGCGGGAGUGGCCUCACUUCAGGCGCGGUGUUUGGACGCCGGGCGGGCAAAGCGGCUGCUCAAUGGGCUGCGAGAUCGUCUCUACAAACCGGACAGUUGGCGAAGCUGUAG